AUGCCAUCCCCCGAGAGAUCCUCACACCGACCGCAGUCUCCAGCACAACACGAGUCUGAUCGCCGGCAUCACCGAAGUCGGCAUGGCCACAGCCAUUCUAAUUCCCAUUCGCACGGCCACCGGCACCGGGACCACUCACGCUCGCGCUCUCCCCACCGAUCUGACCGGCGCAAAUCAGACCGUCUUCGUCGACAUGACCGAGAUCGAGGAGAGCGGGACCAUCGUCAUGAGCGGCGAAGCAGGGAGCCUCCGGCGCAGCCUGUGAUUCUCCCGUACCAGGCGCGAGAACUCUCGAGGCGCGAUCUGGAGGCCUUCGAGCCUAUGUUUGCAAUGUACUUGGAUAUCCAGAAGGGGUUGAUCAUUGAGGAACUGAAAGAUGAGGAGGUGAAGGGGCGGUGGAAGAGUUUCAUUCGGAAGUGGAAUCGUGGCGAACUCGCCGAGGGUUGGUAUGAUCCAGCUACACUCGACAAAGCGCGUAAGAGUGCAGAAGAAUACCGGUCGAUUCCGGCGGAAAGAGCAUCGCCGCAUCAUGGACGAGGUGGAUUGUCACAGGAUGUGAGAGCGGAGUCUCUACCCGCGAGGGAGGAUGAGGAUGGAGAGGAAGCACAAGAAGACGAUGAGGAGGAAUAUGGACCGACACUUCCCGUUCCAGGGUUUUCGAGAGAUGUAACCCAUUCUGGGCCGACUAUACCGAACAUGCAGGACCUCGAGCUCAAGCGAGAAUCCGCGAUUGAGGACCUCGUCGCCGCCCGCGAAGACUCGCGACAACAGUAUCGCUCUGAAUUGCGCUCUCACAAGACCGAGUUGCGCCAUCUAGAAGACGAGAUCACGCCGCGUGCAGAGCCUGGAACCCGGGAGCGCCAGCUCGAAAAGCGCCGAGAAGCCGCUGCCGCAAACCGCGCAUUUGCAAACGCUCGCGGGGCUUCACCCGAAGCUGCCCCCGACGCGGAGCUGAUGGGAGAUAAUGAUUUCGCGUCUCUCAAGAAGGAGAAGGAAAAAGAGCAGCGUAAGAAGAAUGAGCGGGAGAUCCGACGAGAGGAGAUUCUUCGGGCUCGUGCUGCGGAGCGAGAGGAGCGAGUUCAGAAGUUCCGUGAAAAGGAGGAAGAAACUAUUGGCUGGUUGCAGACUCUGGCGAAGCAGCGGUUUGGCUGA